AUGAGUGAAGAGCACUGCCAUCACGAAUGUUGCAAAGGAAACGGUGAAUGCCAUUGUCACGACAACAAGUGCGAAUGCCAUGAAGGUGAAUGCCAUUGCCACGAGCACGAAUGUCACUGCCAUGGACACGAAUGCCACGAACACGAGCACGAAUGCCAUUGCCAUGACGAAAAAUGCGAAUGUCAUGAGCACGAAUGCCAUUGCCAUGAUCAUGAAUGCGGCUGUGGCUGCGGAGACGAACAUUGCGAUUGCUGUGACUGCGUUCCUUCAUUUUAUCCAACAAUCUUACAGCCACUCCUUGAUGUUGAAGGCUCCACAAAUCCAGAGUACUUCAUGAAACCACAGUUAGUCCCAGAUUCAAAAGUUUGGCCAAGAGGAGAUAACUUAAAGUUCAAGUUACCAGCAAAUGCUUUCAUAACCCAGAUUGUCAUGAAACUUGAAGGCGAGUACAUCCAUAAUUGCGAGGUAACAAUCAAGAACAACGAAACUGAAGUUUAUAAGAACACUUAUGAAUUUCCAACUGAAGGAUCUCUUGAAUGCAUUGAGUACAACGGCUCAGCAACAGAAUUUACAAUCGUAAAUCUUAAGCCAGAGAAUCCUUUGAUCUGUUCCAUCUUUGUUUUGACUGGAUCUCUUACAGAUCGUUGCACAUUAGAGAUUGCUGGAGAUCUUCCAUACUUACAGCCUUUAUUCCUUUGCAAGACCUGCAAAUUCGAAGAAGGCCAAUGCAUCUGCAAAGCCUGCGCCGAUCAGUGCCACGCUGGUCAUGAACUCGUCAUGAUCAACUCACCUGGCUUUUGUGAUUGUCCAAAAGUCGGAGAAUGCAAACUUAAAGAUAUGAAAGACAAAUUCGAAUGCACAUACGGCGAAAACGGACCUGAAGAGAUCGAGCAGGAGUUAUUCCGUUGCCUUACAUGCGGAUAUGGUCCGAAAACAAGGAUGUGUGCCGGAUGCGCAAGAAUCUGCCAUUCAGGACACAAAAUUGUUUCUUGUGGCAAGGCAUGGGCCAGAUGCUGCUGUGGAGGCCAAGCAGCUCCAGGAGUUGCCUGCAAAUACAUCCCACGUGUUGAAGAUGAAAUUAACGCUUGCACAUUCUACAAAUACGGAAACAAACCUUUAGAACAAGAGAUGUUUUCAUGUGAAACAUGCAAGUUCAAAGAGGGACAGAAGAUGUGUCUUGCAUGCGCUAUGAUGUGCCAUUAUUCACACAGAUUAGUCAGACUUGGAAAAAUCGAAGGAGUUUGCGACUGCGGACAGCACAACAUCGAGGAUUCGCACUGCUCACUCACUGCUGACUCAAGACCAAAGAUGAUGCCACUCUGCGGCUGCCCUUGCUGCAUGCACCACUAA